UUCUCACUGAAGAGGCAAAAGCUUUAGAGAAAGAAUUUUCAUAUUCUGUUCGGAUAAUUGACCAAAAAAAAUUAAUAUCGGCGAUUAAUUGAAAUGGUUCAGUCGAUGAAUUCGGCGAAAAAAUCGGCUGCUGUGAAGUUAGAGCUCGACGACUCGUUGGCGGACCAGCUCGGUCCGCUUCACAAACGAUCCAAACUCAAACAAGAAUGUGAGUUUAACACGUCGCCGUUUCCGCUUCCACCUUCCAUGUGCAAUCCACUCGAAGAGCCGAGUCCGUUGGGGUUAAAUCUUAAGAAGAGUCCGUCGUUUUUGGAUUUGAUUCAAAUGAAGCUUUCGGAAGAAAACGCAAAUUUGAGGAAGCGAAAGUCUAAAGGAAGUGUCGUUUCAGCUUCGAAUGAUAAGCUAAAAGCUUCUAAUUUUCCAGCUUCGCUUCUCAGGAUCGGAACUUGGGAGUAUAAGUCGAGAUACGAGGGAGACUUGGUGGGGAAAUGUUACUUUGCGAAGCAUAAGCUAGUGUGGGAAGUGCUUGAUGGCGGUUUGAAGAACAAGAUUGAAAUUCAGUGGUCAGAUAUCGUGGCGAUCAAGGCAACUUAUUCUGAUGAUGGACCUGAGACUUUGGAUGUCGUGCUGGCUAGACAGCCUCUUUUCUUUAGGGAGACAAAUCCACAACCCAGGAAGCAUACUUUAUGGCAGGCAACAUCAGAUUUUACUGGUGGACAAGCAAGCAUUCACAGGCAGCAUUUCCUGAUGUGCCCACAAGGCUUUCUUGCGAAGCACUUUGAAAAGCUCAUACAAUGUGAUCCUCGUCUCAAUUUCCUGAGUCAACAGCCAGAAAUUGUAGUAGAUUCUCCAUAUUUUGAACCUAGAGCUCCAGCCUUUGAUGAACCAGAUGUUUCCAGCCAUUUAAAGAGGGAGGAACGACCUGUUUUAUUUGAUUUGCUGGAUGGGGCAUCACCAUCUGGUGCUCAGUCAUCAUCUUCUAAUGUUGAACCACAAGAUUUCAUGAAUCGAUCACCUAGCUCAGUGAUGGAUACUUGUGCAACUGGAGAAAUCAGUAGCAGUGGAGCCGAGGAACCAAAGAUGCUCAGCCAUUGGGACCAGAUCAAAGUUCCUGGACUCCACCCAUCUAUGUCUAUGAGUGAUCUGGUGAAUCACAUUGGGCAUUGCAUUUCGGAACAGAGGACAUCUGGUGGUUCCUUGAUUUUUGGCAAUGACCUACAAGGAAGAGACGUUCUGGAGGAGAUUACUCAAUACUUGUUUAGUGACACUCAACUUACAUCAACCUCUGAUGAGAAGUCCAUAAUGUCAAGGGUCAAUUCGCUUUGCUGCCUUCUGCAGAAAGAUUCUGCAGCAACACAAAACUUGCAGGACAAGAGUAGUAUAGGUAUUGAAAUAAAUGGUGUCACAAAGUUAGCUGAAACCAACUCAGGAUUCCCCUCAGCGAGGUUGGACAAGGUUGGACAAGGUUUUGGUGCAUCAGAGGGUGAGUCAAGCAAUGUUUCUGGCCGCAAGCAGCAACCAGCCAUGUCGAGGAAAGACUCAGUUGCAGAACUGCUGCACAGUCUUCCAAGGAUCGCAUCUCUCCCACAAGUUAUGUUGAACUUCUCUGAAGAUUCUAAUGAAGAAAGAUAGUGUGAUCUUCAUCCACAGCCCCCAUCUACACAGAGCUUAAAGGUAGUCUUCAUUAUAUGUAUGUGAAUAUGACAUUUGCGAGUUGUUUAACAAUCUUGUAUUGGAUUCAGAGAUGCAGAUUGAUGAAGACUCCUCACAUGUUCGUAAGUGAACCUAGUGUUUGUACUACGCUUUAGAUUACAUCUGUAAAUAUUAGCAGAAAAUCCUUCUUCCACCAGUUCUCGAAACACAUUGCCUCUUCUCUCUGUGAUCUAAUGGAUUUACCUUCAUUGGGAUUCCAUGGAUAUGAAUUGUGCAAAAUUUUAGCGAAAAUCCGAAUUCCAGUUGUUCUUGGAAAACAUUCUGUGUUCUUUUUGAUCAAAUCUACUCAUUUCAGUGAUUUUUAGAAAUACUAUACCUUGAUGUAAACCUUGUUUUGAACUGUCAAACACAGUUUAUGGAGAGCCAAUGACAAAUAAAUAGAAAAUUCUUCUGAUAUUACAAGCA